AUUGAGAAUAAUAUCAUAACAUCAUUAAUUAUUGAUUUAAAAACCCGCGGGAAAGAGGUAAAUUUCUAACCUCAAUAAAAUGUAAAAAUCCACCUUAAGAUGUUUACACGUAACAUUCAUGCCAACAAAUAGCUGAAUAAAAUAAUAAACAUGUUGUCAACAAUAAGAAACAGUAGAUCUGUCUUCGCGAGUGCAAAUAGACUUUCUAAAUCGACUGGGGCAUUAAAUCGGUGUAACAGCGAGAAGGCCAGGAAGAAGGAUGAGGCGAAUUAUCCGGUGAGGAUUCUGUCUGGGAUUCAGCCAACGGGUGCUAUUCAUCUCGGGAAUUAUCUGGGCGCUGUGAGGGAAUGGGUUCGGUAUCAGGAGAUCCACGAGGAUGUUGUGUGGAGCAUUGUUGAUAUGCAUGCAAUAACAGCUCCUCAAGACCCCAAGGAAUUACAGGAUAACAUAAUAAAAAUCACUGCAACCCUCCUGGCCUGCGGUAUAGACCCUUCGAAGAGCAUUCUCUUCCAGCAGUCGUCAGUCCCCAUGCACGCAGAGCUCGCCUGGGUCUUUGGCAGCAUGACGACCAUGCCAAGGUUGUCCCAACAACCACAGUUCAAGGAGAAGAGUGAAAAACUCAAGGACAUUCCCCUGGGGCUGUUCACGUAUCCAGUUCUGCAAACAGCUGAUAUAUUGCUUUAUAAAGCUACUCAUGUACCUGUGGGAGAGGAUCAGAUACAGCAUCUGCAGUUGGCACAACAUACAGCUCAAUUUUUUAAUGUUAAAUAUGGAAAUACGUUUCCAAUGCCUGAGCCACUUAUCAAUAAAUCAAGUGGACGAAUAAAAUCCCUGAGAGAGCCCGCGAAGAAGAUGUCUAAGUCGUCAGAGUACAAAAAGAGUAGCAUAAACUUGGUGGACCCCCCAGAGGUAAUUCGGGAAUACUUGAAGAAAGCAGUGACAGACUUCACGUCUGAAGUGACGUACGACCCGGCGGAGCGUCCAGGGGUGUCGAAUCUGGUGAUCAUCCACUCGAUAUUAACAGAUAAAUCCCCUCAAGAAAUUUGUGACGAGGCACAAGGGCUGAACACUGGGCAGUACAAGCUCCACCUCGCAGACGUCGUCAUAGAGAAGUUGAGACCGAUCAGGGAGAGGUACGAGGAGCUGGUGAACGACCCUGGAUAUCUGAAUGAAGUCCUUAAAAGUGGGACUGACAGAGCAACUGAGAUUGCUAGCAGUUCCUGGUCUGAGGUGAAGAGUAAAAUCGGGUUUUCUGGGGGAAUUUUGUCGAGAACGGCGAAGGAAGUUGAGAGGAAACAUGUGACGUCCGUUUAAUUUAGAUAAUUUAUUAAGAAAAUAAUUUAUGAAUUGUUGAAUGUGAAGUGGUGAAGGAGAAUAAAAUGAUGAAGGAUCAUUUCGUGAAUAUCUUUGGAGCGAGGGGGUCUGGAGAAAAAUUUCAGAAAGCAAUUUUGUAGUGAAUUUUGUGAGCUACAAAAAAGUUUCUGCGACAUUUUUUGAUCAAUCCAAUGGUUUAGGAGAUAUUCACGAAAUAGUCUGCACGAAAUUUCUGGA